CCCGACUAUUUCUCAGCCAGCGGGUGUUGGCAUCCGACUACUUUCAGCCCUGCCAUGGCCUCCUCGAAGUCAACAGCACGAACAGCGCAGCCCGAGGGUGGUGCACUGCCAUGGGUGACGAAAUGGCUGGUGCGGAUGGCAUGGCUCACAGCGGUGUGGGCAGUAUGCAAGGGCUUGGACGCAAUCAAGGACCGCUGGUACGUGCUCGACCCGACAAGCCUGCACGAGCUCGCCCAGGCAGCGAUCGCUUCCGCGCCCGAGCCCAACGACAUCAACUCUAUGAUCAAUCACAUUGUGACCAACCUCACCGCGACGUACCCGGACUCCCAGAUCGCGCUCAAUACGAACGCGUCCGAGUGGGUACUCAGCAAUGCGGGCGGCGCCAUGGGCGCGAUGUACAUCAUCCACGCGAGCGUGACGGAGUACCUGAUCGUGUUCGGGACGCCGCUGGGCACGGAGGGCCAUACGGGCAUGCACACCGCGGACGACUACUUCAACAUCCUCGUCGGCGAGCAGUGGGCGUUCGCCCCGCCGACGCUCGAGAUGGAGCGCUACCCUGCCGGCAGUGUGCACCACCUCCCGCGCGGGUACGUUAAGCAGUACAAGAUGCACGAAGGCUGCUACGCGCUUGAGUAUGCUCGAGGAUGGAUCCCACUCAUGCUGCCGUUCGGCCUCGCCGACGUCUUCACGUCGACGUUGGAUGUGUGGUCGUUGUACCACACCGUCCGCAUCACCGCGCGCGAGAUGCUACGAAACGCACUCGUGGGGAAGAUCUAGACGCGGAAAAGUAACCUAUAUGCGCAGGCAUCUACGUUGACAGUAAUAUACCAUACAGAAGUUCAUCCGCUCUCCCGACAUUGUGCGCUUCGCUCAUCCUGAGUCUCGAGAGACGAAUUACGACACACGGAUCAGCUGGUGGGUCAACUGAGAAGGUUCAUCGAGGCCUGCAACAAUCCUGUCCAUAUCGACCUCGCCGGCAGAGCGCUCCUGCCCGGUCUCAGCCAGAAUUG